AUGGCGCCUCUCCGUGAGGGCGAGCGGAAGCAGAUCCGCUUAUCGGCCACGCGCGGCGCAGAAGACUUAGUUGUUGAUAAGAGUGUCUCGAUCUUGCGAGUUUCGACAACGAACAUUGCCUCUUUAGACCUCCAAAAAUGGCUCCUAACGUUACAGAGAUUCAGUCGACUUCCCAUUCAGAAGUCGCUGGCCCCUGACCAGCUCCUCGUCCUCGACUUCCACGCUACGUGGUGUGGACCAUGCCAUGCGAUCGCCCCCGUGUACGAGCAGCUCGCGAACAAGUACCCGCAGGUAAAGUUCUGCAAGGUGGACGUGGACAGGCAGCAGGACCUCGCGCGGCGGUACCAGGUCAGCGCGAUGCCGACGUUCAAGUUCAUCAAGGGCGGUCGUGUCGUCGAGGAGAUCCGCGGUGCGAACCCCCAGGCGCUGCAGCAGAACGUGCAGCGGCUCGCUGGACCUAUCAAGCCUCCCAAGCCGGCUUACGUCGACAAGGGCCCCGUUGAGGGCUCGCUCCUGUCCGAGGUCAGUAGCACGGGCCUGAGCUGUCUCGGCGAGGCGUCCGGGCACCCGCUCUCGAGCAUCGUCGGCCCCGACGCCGGACCCAAGGGCCGCUCGUACCUCGAGUCGGACACGGACCCGGAGCUCCUGAUCAGCAUGCGCUUCAACGAGGCGGUCAAGAUCAAGCACAUCAGCUUCUUCGCCGCCAUCAGCCCCGAGCAGGCGCCCAAGACGGUAAAGCUGUUCGCGAACCGCGACAACAUGGACUUCAACGACGUCGCGUCCGCCGAGCCGACGCAGGUCCUCGAGCUCAAGCCCGAGGAGACCAAGGGCGAGCGUGUCGAGCUCAAGUACGUCAAGUUCCAGAACGUGCGGAGUCUCGUCAUCUUCAUCGAGAACAACCAGGGCGGAGACGAGACGACGCGCAUCGACUCGCUCGACCUGUUCGGUGUCCCUGUGAACGCGAAGUAG